AUGUCUUCAUCCGUGAUUCAUCCAUGCGAGUACUGUGUGGAUGCCCGAGGCUCCUCCUUACCUUCGAGCGAACAUUGGUCUGACGCCGACCAACUUGGUACAAGAGCUGAGUUGCUGGCCAACGCCCCCACACAAGGACUUAUGCUGAGUCAUCUCGUCGAAGAGGAUGGGGGACUUUACCAUUGCAGGGUGGACUUCAAGUCUUCGCCUACGAGAAACCUUAGAAUACGUCUGGAUAUAAUAGUUCCACCCCGGCACCUGCUCAUCACCAGCGCAGGUGAAGGCGGUCGCGUUGUGUCGGGCGUCAUCGGCCCCUACGUCGUGGGCACGCGCCUGCAGUUGCGGUGUCAGGUUACGGGGGGCAUUCCGACCCCGACGGUAAGUUGGUGGCAGGGCGGGACGCUACUGGAUGACGUGAGCGAGCUGUCCACGCCGGAGGUGACGCGCAACAGCCUGCGCAUGCCACCGCUUAGCAGGUCUGAUCUGCUGCUACAACUUUCUUGUGUUGCCUUCAACAGCAACCUCACCAACCCCAUCUCAGCCUCCGUCACCAUCGAUAUUGCUUUUGCUCCAAUCUCCGUGCGACUGCAAUUGUCUGACGAUGAACAUUACGGUCGCCUGGAUGGCAGAGAAGAGGAAAUAUGGCCAGGUUCUUGGCGGGAAGAUUUUCGUAAAAGCAGUGGAAACAGCAGCAAAGAUAGCAACACAUUCGAAUACAAAAUGAGCAGUAGCGUGAAUCUUCAAAACUUGAGCUCUGGAAAAGUCGCUCCUCAACAUCCCAGUCUCGUACGAAGUGACGGCACCGGCUCGAAAAACGGCGUGUCUUUGGAAAAUGAAGUCUUCCGGAGUAGCGGAAGGCUUUGGAACAGUCAGAAGUUUGAUGCCGACGACCGAUUGGUUUAUAUAAACCGACAGCCGCCGACUGAAGGACACGAGUCGCAAGAAGCGAGCGGAGGACUCGUACGAAGUGAAUCCUUCAGAAACCUAACUGAGGUUGACACGACCAAGCCGGAAUUUCGUUCCAAGCUUCACGAUGAUGGAGAUAUCGUUACUUCGAAUCCUAAACCCCCGAGGCAAGACCCUAGCCGUGAAUGGUUUUUAGAUACGCAGAAAGUGGAGACGAUAACGCUGAGGGAAGGACACAGAGCAAACAUCCAUUGCGAGUCUUCAGGAAGUCGGCCUCCGGCUCAAUACAAGUGGAUGCGCGACGGCCAAGAACUCAACGAAAGCUCAUAUAAAACUUCGAUAGUUGAGCCUCCAGAUCUAAGUACUGGCAAAUUUCUUUUCAAUCCGAGCAGCUACUCUUUAUCGGCGCUGUCACUGGAGCCGCGAUACGAGGAUCAUGGCUCCAUGCUGAGCUGCUGGGCCUUUAGUCCGACCCUGCCCAACGAGACGGUCAGACAAGACGCUGUCUUGAACGUCCUUUAUGCACCCCGCGUGACGCUGGCGGUGGCGAAGGAUGUGGCGUCAUUGGAUGAGGUGGAGGAAGGUGAUGACCUCCACUUCCAGUGUCGGGUGGAUGCCAACCCGCCGGUGGAUAAAGUGUACUGGACUCGCGAUGAGGAGGGUAUCUACCACAGUCCAGCGCAAGGCGUCGUGGUCGCUGGUCAUGGUCUGGAGGUGCUCUCAGUGACGCGACAUAACGCCGGCCGCUACGCCUGCUUUGCCAGGAACUCUGAAGGAGGGGCGGCGUCUGAUCGCAUACAAGUCCUUGUUAAAUACGCGCCGGUGUGUAGCGCAGAACAACCAGCACAGGUUGGGGCGGGGAGGAGGGAGGCCAUCAACGUAACGUGUUCGGUGGCCAGCCAUCCCGCACCCAUGUCCUUCAGAUGGGCCUUCAACAGGUCGUCGGAAAUGGUGGACAUCCCGCAAAGCUCGUACUGGACGAGUUCUGGGCAGUCCAGCACGCUGGGCUACCAAGUCCUCACUGAGAUGGACUAUGGCUCGCUGCUGUGCUGGGCAAUCAACGACGUCGGCAUUAUGAAGACGCCGUGUGUGAUAAAGCUGGUCCCUGCAGCCAAACCUGAAGCAGUGAAAAACUGCGUCAUCAAAAACGCAUCCAAGUCUGGCCUUCAGGACAUUUUUUCCUGCGAGCCUGGAUGGGACGGUGGCAUGAACCAAACAUUCACGCUGGAGGUUCUCGUGUCAAGAAACGUGUAUUCGCGAUCCCUUGCUCUGGUUCGCCAUUCACCAACGCCUUCAUUCGACUUGAUGGGGCUAGCGCCCGACAACGAUUAUUUGUUGGUCAUAACCGCCACGAACGGCAAGGGUUCCAGCCCGCCUCUCACGCUGACCUAUCGAUCCCCUAAAGCCUCGAAAGUGCCAUCGUCGACGCCAGACGUUUACUCGAGUACUCAGAAGCUGGCAAUAUCUUGGACGAUCUUCCUGGCAAUGCUCACAGGGCUUCUCCUCACCCUCUUAUCGUGUCUUGCUGCUCUUUUAUAUGUCGUCAAAAUUAAAAACGGCCAAGCCAGGUCAAGUCGACGCGCGUCUCAAGCGCCUACCAAGCCUGUACCGCCGCCGACCAGCCCAACAGUAAUUAUCCGCAAUGAGGUGAUAAGCAACAAGGCUAUCGCGCAGCACCAGCCCCUCCAGACCCCAGCGCGUUCCGCCCCCGACACAGAACUCUGGCGCAGAGGCUGUAGGCCUCCUGAACUCAGCGGCUACGCGCCUGCUAACGGGAGCGUUGUAGCAUCUAGAAACGUUACCGCAUUUCGCAGUUCAUCCUUUGCCCAAAGCCAAGCGCUGCCGAGGCGGCCUGAGGCAGCCAGUGGCGACUGCAAGGAAUCUAGCGACGCUCCUCACGAUGCCGGCUGUUCGUCAUCAUCCUCGUCUCGACCCUCAUCAGCAUCCUUGACCAUCUUCAAUUUUGGCGGACGGUCAAGUUGCUCCCCCGUACCCGCUUCUGGAGCAUCAUUAAAUCUUAAGCGAUUCCUGGUCUCGUCUCCGACCGCCUACUCCUGCUCCAGGUCGCCUACUCCAAUCAGGGAGGACGGCGUUAAAAACUCCGCGGUUAUUUUCUCCGGCAUCAGCGCGGCAGCGUCCAAACUCAAGGGUACGGAAGAUUCGGAUGCUGAAACUUCACCAAGCAUUAUUAUUGAUCAUAAACAUUGUGCUGAAAAAUUCUGCGAACGAGUACACACUAACACAGAAAAAGAAAGAGAUGUCGACGAUGGCCAAGCCGAGCUCUGCAUCAGUCAUAACGUCGGACGAUAUCCGGUCUUUAUGAGCGACAAUCGCGCCAGUACAGCGGUCGUGUACAACGUCUUCUGCGUUGGUGCUGCUUCGUCUGCAUCCCUGUGA